CAUUCACCGCAGGGGGCAAUGUUUGUAGAGGCGGUGUUCGGCUGACGAGGCGUCUGCAUGCUGGGCAAGGUCAAAUGGAGAAUGCCACAUGGCGAUGGGGCCUUGGCGCAAGAUCCGCUCGAGUGAUCUGUUGAUAGCGUCAGGCCGGUAGAGUGGCGAUGCGAGAUUUGACCGCGACGCUUCGUGAAUAACACCUGGUAGGUGAGGCGUGAGACGGUUUAAAUGUCACAGUCAACAAGGCACCGUUGUGGUGACACAUGGCUGAGCAAAUGGGUAGUAAGGUGCUCAAGAAGCAACAAGCUUUGAUGGGCUUAGGCCUUUUAAAAGGGGGCUAGGCAGGAGAGCAUGAGGGCAACUUUUCCCCUUUGUGAUGAAGUACCAUUUUUUGAUGCUUCUUUGUGUGGAGGCAGUGCGGAGAUUUCAUUUUCUUUGAAGAGCUUGGCCGUUGAGUGAUGCCUGCUGCGAGGGACGAACUGCUUGACACCGACCUUUGGGGUGCACGUGAGCAUUGGGAAUCCUUGUGAAGACAUUUGCCCUUGCAGAGGUGACGAUGGACCCGUGACAAAGGGUGAGCUUGUUGCUUCAGAGCUCCUCUAUUUGUGCGGGACCCAUGACGUGAGGCCCACGGCUGUGUAUGAGGCGCUGGGGGCCUGUCAUCCUCAUUGGAGGAUGAGUUGAAUGAGGAGGCUCUCAAUGUCCUCUUCAAUUCUUACUUGAAGAGAUGGAGGCAACCUCUUAAAGGGAAGGGAUCCACUUCUGAAUGGAUGUACAUAUUUUUGUGUCACAAAGUGCAUUGUAAAAAACAUGUAAUCCUUUUUGCUCAUGAAAUGAAAUCCAUUUUUGCAUUGAAUUCUCCUUCUUUACCUUAUGUCGCCAUGUGCUCGCUCUCCUUCUUUUUGUGGGCCGACACAGUCCUUAUCCCUGCCGAUGAUGGGGAUAAGGAAUGGAUGAUGGAGUGUCAGUUCUGCCCAUGGGGUAGUUGUUGCUUGUUGUGUGGUGAUGGUUGGGAUGCCCUUGCAGAUGUUCAUCCCAACCUUAGAGGAAUGUGUCGUUGUCGAUUUUCGCAAGACCCCGCUUUUUUUUUUUUUUGGGGGACCGCAGAGCGUCCCGCACGUGGGCGAGACAAGGAACGAGGUUCACUUGCCCAUAAAGGAGAGUGGUAUAGGGGCAUGCCUCGAGCGCUCUGAGUGGGCCCUUGCUGUAGGCUGGCCAGUGGAGUUGGCCUGCAUGCAUGAGCUGGGCGGCGUUUGGAUGACAACAUGCAUGCCUUUCUUAGCAGGCCACGUCAUACAUGCAACAGUUAAUGCCGAGAGGGAGAGACGGCGUCGACGUCGUAUGAUUGUUUGAUUACGUGUCCUUAGUGCUUCCUCGGGACUGAGCGUAAUCUUCCGCACGUGUGGCAUGUUGCUCGUACGACCGUACCUUUGAGGCACAUGGUGUUGGCUUGUGCGACGCUUCGAUUUGCACGCUGGCGGCGCCUCGGUGCCUAGCCUCUGAUGCUUCGCUUCGCAUACUGCCGACGCUCUUAUGUGAUUGAGCGGGGGGGGGGGGCUUGCCAGUUGAUUGGGCCUCUUGCUGUAAAAAAAGGAGGGGUGUCUGCUUUUGUUCCUACCCAUGGUCUGGAUCCCAAGUAAGAGAAAGCACCUUUUGUGCCUUUUUCUUAGGCCUCCUUCUCGGCAUUCUCCUCAUCCUGAAGCAGCACUUUUGAGCAGGGCAAUGGCCAGUAGGAGUCUGCCUCCUUCUCCACCAGCAAAGGGCAUGAAGGCGGAGGAUUCACCGACCUUGUCAGCUCCCCUGGCGGCACCACAAGUGCCUCCUGGCUUUGGAGCAUUUUCAUCAAGGGGCGACGCGGAGGAGUCCUUGUCCAAGGGCCAUGUAGGCCUUUUUAUGUCUCUAUCCCUUGUAGAUGUAGAGGCGACGUCUGACACUCAGCCUUCUGCAUCUGCGGGUCCCCUUGCCUUGGCUCCUUCAUCGCCGAAUUCUGAAGAGUCGACCGUGGAGCGCAUGGUUCGGGUGGGCCUCCAGGUACUGUGCGAGUGUCCCCUUUCUGACCUCAACAGGGAGCUUGAGGUUGUCAAAACCUGCGCAGCCGGCCUCGAGGUUGUGCACCCCCGAGAGGGGAUCUUUGAGCAGCUGAAGAAGUUACUCAGGGAUUUCGCAGACUGGGGCUCAGCAGCCAUCUUCAAUAAGAUCGCCAUGUCGAAGGUCCUUGACGCGGGCAUAGCUUCCCUACAAGAGAGGCUGGUGAAGAAGCGAUCUUUUCUUCGAGAGUAUGAGGAGGAGAGGGAGCAACUUGCUGCUAGAGAUGCUUAAUUGAUCGAGGAGGAGAUCGAACUCGCCUACCAAUUAGCGGACAUAGAGAGCAAGAUUGCCUCAUUGCAAGCUCACGCGGUCGAUCAGAGAGCUCACCGUCAUCGACAUAGAGAGGCGAUGGCUUUGAUGUUUCUCAAAUUGGCGCGCAUAAGUUUGGAGAUGGUGCAGCUCCUUAGCUCGUCUGAGCGGAUGGUGAAAAGUGUCUCUCUCGAUAAGCAGCAGAGGCAGGCAAUGUUAGAGGCGGCACUGGAGUUGAGACAAAAGAUGCACGAGGCUCUCUAUCGUUUUUUACAGUCUUUCUCCAUCCUUUUAUUUGUAUGGCCCUUGAUGACCCAUUUGCUGGGAUUUUGUAACCUCUUGCACAUGUGAAUA